GACUCGCUCGCUUGCUCGGUGCCUCGGACUCUUGGCUCUCGCGUCGGUCAGUGUACUUCAGACCGCGUUGAGGGGAGGGUGUGCGGUUCCUCGGCUCCCACGGCACUAUUGAAAUAACAAUAAUAUUUGACGUCAUUAUAAGAGUUAAACCAAAAAAAGACGGAUAAAAACACUUCCCGGAACUUAAACAAUGAAAAUAAAUCAACAGUAAUAUUUUAAUCGUGAACUGAAGCGACUAUAUGCAGGCAAACAUUAAAGAAAAGCUGUAAGACUGUAUAAGAAAAAAAAAUAAUGUGUUGAACUAACGAAUCAUGAAAAAGUAUAUGAGAACGAAAAAUAUGUGAAUGAGACCGAAGAUGAAGGACGUGUUGCUAGUGUGAGGCGUGGGAAGUGUGUACACCUGUGAUUUUACCUGUGUGGAAGGUGGCCGAAAGCAAUGGUCAUCCCUUCCCAAAACAUGAGACAGGGGUGGCUGGUGGGCCCUAGCAACAUGGGGACCAGCACCUCCGGCCUGAGAAAGUUCUGGCUGCUGCUCUGGAAGAAUUGGCUCCUGCAGCGGCGGAGGAAGAUCCAGACCUUGGUGGAGGUGUUGGUGCCGGUGGUGUUCUGCGUGCUGCUGGUGGUAAUAAGAGACCUCGCUCCCUAUGCCGUCUUCCCAAAUGCCACCCACUACAGCCCCUUCGCCAUCUCCAGCCUUCCCGCCAACCUGACACAUGGCGAGGGAUUCUUUGAUAGCAUUGCCAACGACAUCAUUGGCAAUGGAGGCGUCAGGCGUCGCCGGGGAGCCUCACAGCACCCAAAACGCCACCUCAGGAAGAAGAGACAGGGCUUCUUUGAGUCUGUCUUUGGCUUUGACUUGGGCCCCAAAUGGCCCAUUGCCUAUGCCCCAAACAACACGGCUGUCACUGAGCUGAUAGAAAUGGUGGCGGAGAGGCUGGUGCUAGCAGAAAAAUUGUAUGGCUUUGCCACAGAGGAGGACCUUGUGGCCCACAUGUCCUCCCUGUCCAAGCAGGAGGACAAGGAUGCUGUGGAGGACAUUCUUGGAGGCAUUGUGUUCACCAACCCUUUCCCCAAGCCUGAUCAACUCCCCAUUAAACUUUCUUACAAGAUCCGCCUAAAAGGGUCCCAGCGAGCAAGCAAAAAGAGGAACCCGUUUCUGCCGCCGCCGCAGUGGUACACGGAGCUCUCCUACCCGCUGUUCCAGGUGCCCGGCCCACGCUCCCGCACCAAGAACAACGGCGGCAGACCAGGUUACUAUGAUGAAGGCUUCCUGGCUCUCCAACAUGCAGUGGACAUGUCCAUCGCUGAGUAUUUCACCGGCAAGGACCCAAGCUCGACGUACAUGGUGAAGAUGCAGCGUAUGCCUUACCCUCCCUUCAUUGACGACACAUACCUGGUGGCCCUCCAAGCCUGGCUGCCCUUCGUCCUCCUCGUCUCCUACAUUUAUCCUGCCAUCAACAUUGUCAAGAGUGUCGUCUAUGAGAAGGAAAAGAAACUGAAGGAAUCCAUGAAGAUUAUGGGUCUUCAGAACUACCUACAUUGGUCUGCCUGGUUCCUCAAGUCUUUCAUGUUUCUUGCUACCUCAACUGUGCUCAUCACCAUCCUCCUGUGCACACACUGGAAUGGUUCAGGAAGCCUUGCGGUGCUGAGCCAGAGUGACCCGUCUCUGGUGCUUGUGUUCCUCCUCCUCUACACAGUCACUGCCAUCUGCUUCUGCUUCUUUCUCUCCACACUCUUCUCCAGAGCAAACAGCGCUGCGGCCAUCACAGGACUGGUGUGGUUCCUGACCUAUGUGCCGUACACUGUCUUGCGGCCUCGCUACGCCUCACUCACUCAGGGCAACAAGCUGGCACUGUGUCUCCUCUGCAACACAGCCAUGAGUCUAGGGUGCCAGCUCACUUCCAUGUUUGAGGGCACCGGCUCAGGGAUACAGUGGCGUUUCCUCUUCUCUGGGGUGUCGCCUGAUGACCCCUUCACUCUGGCACAUGUGUUUGGGAUGCUCAUUCUGGACACACUGUUAUUCUGCCUUCUAACCUGGUACAUUGAAGCUCUGUGGCCUGGUGACUUUGGUGUGCCUCAGCCCUGGUACUUCCCCUUCAUGAGGUCGUACUGGCUGGGCAAGGGUGUGGAGGGAGUGAAGGAGUCAGUGACACCUCCCAUACGAAACUCCAUGUUCUUUGAGGAGGACCCCAAAGGAAUACCUGCAGGCGUUCAAGUCAAAGGGCUCACUAAGGUGUUCUCGCGGCUGAACAAGGUGGCGGUGAACAAGCUGGACCUGAACAUGUACAACGGCCAGAUCACGGUUCUGCUCGGCCACAACGGAGCUGGCAAGACCACCACUAUGUCCAUGCUUACGGGCCUGUUCCCACCCACCUCCGGCACAGCGAAGGUGGGCGGACAUGACAUAGUGACGGAGAUGGACGAGGUGCGCCGCUCCCUCGGCCUGUGUCCCCAGCAUGACAUCCUCUUUGACGAGCUGACUGUGGCAGAACACAUUAUUUUCUUCAGCAAGUUAAAAGGAAUGUCAGGAGAGGCAGCCCAAGAGGAGGUGAAGGUCAUGGUUGAGAAACUGAAGCUGGAGGACAAGAGGGAUGCUGUGUCACGAACCUUGUCUGGAGGGAUGAAACGGAAGCUCUCGGUGGGCAUUGCGUUGUGUGGUGGCAGCCGUGUGGUCUUCCUGGAUGAACCCACCUCUGGCAUGGACCCUGGGGCUCGGCGGCUCAUCUGGGAUCUUCUGCAGCAGGAGAGGUCAGGCCGCACCAUCCUGCUCACGACACACUUCAUGGAGGAGGCUGACCUGCUGGGGGACCGCAUCGCCAUCAUGGCCAACGGGGUGGUGCAGUGCUGCGGCUCCUCCCUGUUCCUCAAGAAGAUGUAUGGUGCUGGGUAUCGCCUGAUCAUCGUCAAGGAGAGGGGCUGUGACGUGGAAGCCAUCACAAAGCGGCUUCAGUCUCACGUUCCUGACGCUGAACUAGAUCAGAAUGUCGGGGCCGAACUGUCAUACGUGUUGCCCACUGCUGACGUGGCCAAGUUUGAGGCGAUGUUCCUUGAGCUUGAGCAGAAGAAGGCGGAACUCAAGAUCUCAAGUUAUGGAGCUUCACAGACCACCAUGGAUGAAGUGUUUCUGAGGGUGGGCGAGGCCGUGGAGCCGGAUCUGAUAUCACACCUCCACCGCUCCACUCCAUUCAAGGCCAAAGGCUUAGCUAAUGGGGCGGCAGGAGGCCCGGUGGCAGGCGGCCCCCACGAGAAUGGUCUUCUCUUAGCACGUUCAGACACGAUUGAGGAGAUAACAAUGGAUGCAUCGCCAAGUGAUAAUGGCCAACUGAGAGCCACUUGGUUUAACGCGGCCACACAGCGAGUCACUCUUGUCCUCCAGAAUGUGAAGAGUGCGGCAACUGGCAUCCUGGAGCCACCAAGCCCCCGCCGUAUGCCUCUAGUCAAGAAUUCUGGCUGUCUCCUCCUCCUGCAGCAGUUUUGGGCCAUGCUGGUGAAGAAAAUUCUGUACACAUUCAGAAAUAAGUUCCUCACAUUUGCCCAGAACAUCAUACCCGUGUUCUUCCUCAUCCUGGCGCUGUUGGUGGUGCAGACGCUCCCAGGUGUGAAUGAUUCUCCUCCCGAGGUUCAUUUCACCCUUGAUACCUUUGAUGGCACAGUCACCACACUGCAGGUGACCAACCCAAACAACCUGACACAGGAGGUGGAGAGUGGCCUGGAGGGAACCUUUAAUAAACGCAACGUGCUUGAUACUGUCCCACCAGACACAAACAUUACUACCCACAUACUGGAUGAGGCUGGAAGGGAUCUUCCUUCCUUCAACCAGCAUUACAUGGUGAGCCUGAGCAUAGAGGGAAACCUUGACCAAGUGAACAUCCUGUCACGCUUCAACAACCAGCCCUUCCACACGCCCCCGCUGGCUCUGACUGUUGCUGACAAUGCUUUGGUGCGCGCCUUCACUGGCAUCAAGAACCUCACCAUCAGUACCUCCAACCACCCCCUGCCCAGGACUGACAUUGAGAAGCUGACACAAGACCAGCGGCAGAACUUGGGCUUCCAGAUAGGGUUUAACCUUGCCUUUGGAAUGUCCUUCUUGGCCGCCUCCUUCGUCAUCUUCCUCAUCCAAGAACGCAGCACCAAGGCCAAGCACCUCCAGUUUGUGUCUGGGGUGAACUUCAUAACCUACUGGACAGCCUCUGCCAUCUGGGACUAUGUGCUCUUCCUCCUCCCCUGUGCCCUGUGUUUGAUGUGCCUUGCUCUGUUUGGCAUGAAGGGGCUGAGUGAGGGGGAGCAGCUGGCACGCAUCUUCCUGGUAUUGUUGCUGUACUGCUGGGCCUCCCUCCCCCUCAUGUACCUGUGUUCCUUCCUCUUCUCAGUCCCCUCAGGAGGCUUCACCAAGAUGAUCAUGGCAAAUAUUAUAACAGGCAUGGCCACCAUCAUCACGGUCACCAUCCUCAGAAUCCCAGACCUUGAGCUACAGCACGUGGCAAACCUCCUGGAUUGGAUCUUCCUGCUCUUCCCAUCGUAUGCCAUGGCUGCUGCUAUCACAGAUAUCUACAGUAAUUUCCGGUCCACCGAGAUAUGCAAGCAGCCGACCUUUGAGCUGAUCUGCUCACUGGGAAUCGCUCCAAAUCCUUGCUGUCGAGAGGCCAAAGAGUGUGGCGCGUUUGGGUGUGUGGAGUGGACUGAAGACUACCUCGGCUGGGAGAAGUUGGGUGUGGGGCGGAUGCUGGUGUUCCUGGGCGUGGAGGGUGUGGCCUUCUUCCUGCUCAUCACUCUGGUGGAGAUGAAGGUGUUUGAACAAGUCGGGUACUUCCUUGCUCGCCUCAGGAGGGCCAUCACUCCUUGGAGGAUUGGCCGGGGUUUGGAGGAUGGACAAGAUGCAGAGGAGGACGAGGAUGUGGCUGCUGAGAGAAUCCGCAUCCUUGGCACUCCGUCAGAAAAGCUGUGGGAGUCUGAUAAGCUGAUAUUCAGGGACCUCUGCAAAACCUACCCUGGAGGGCUGACGGCGGUGAACCACCUCAACCUUGGAGUGCCGCUGGGGGAAUGCUUCGGCCUCCUGGGCAUCAACGGGGCCGGCAAGACCACCACCUUCAAGAUGCUCACUGGUGACUUGCAGGUGUCUGAGGGAGAUGCCUUUGUGAAUGGCUUCAGCAUAAAAGGAGACAUAAAAAAGGUGCGGCAAGACAUUGGUUACUGUCCACAAUUUGAUGCUCUGCUUGACCACCUGACGGGCCGAGAAACACUGUGCAUGUUUGCCCGGCUGCGUGGUGUUCCUGAGGGUCUCAUUGACUCCACCAUCAAGAGUCUGGCCGAGGAGCUGCUCAUCACAGAGCACCUCGAAAACCUGUUCAAGAACUUGAGUGGCGGCAACAAGAGGAAGCUGAGCACAGGCGUGGCAUUGGUGGGUGACCCUCCACUGGUGCUGCUGGAUGAGCCUUCUUCAGGGAUGGAUCCAGUGGCACGCAGACUCCUGUGGGAUGUCUUGACUUCUGUCAGGGAUGCUGGCAGGAGCAUCAUCCUCACAUCACACAGCAUGGAGGAGUGCGAGGCGCUGUGCACCCGCUUGGCCAUCAUGGUGAAUGGCAAGUUUUGCUGCCUGGGCUCACCACAGCACCUCAAGAGCAAGUUCAGUGAAGGCUACUCCAUUAUUAUCCGUGUGAGCAUGAACCAGCCAGACCAGGAGGAAGAGGCAGUCACCAUAGACCUGUCGUCCUCCCAGCUACCCCCAGAGAUGCGUGCUGUACAUGACUAUAUGAAGGAGACAUACCCAGCCAACCACCUUCGGGAGAUGCAGUGGGGGCGGCUGGAGUACUUUGUCCCAGCAGAGAGCCUGACCUGGGCCGCAGUGUUUGGUACUCUGGAGCGUAGCCGCCAGCACCUUCCCAUCGAGGACUACAGCGUCACACAAACCACCCUGGAGAGGGUGUUCCUCACCUUCACCCGAGGCCAGCGGCCAGACGAGGAGAACAAGAGAUAACUACAGGCAAGGGUGUGAGCAAGAGGAGGGCACAGUUACCUUACUUAAUGUCAAAGCCACACCCUACUGUUAAGACGGGAUGUGGACUCCAUGUUAUGUUGUUCUAGUACUGAUGUUAUUGCUAGUCAUUUUUCUCAUAAUACACUGUAUUAUCUGUUUAGAAUAUUACAGUGAUUUUGGAUGAAUCUCAAUCUUUUGUUAGCAACUAUAUAACUAGAGGGAGGGAAAAUUGUAUAUUUUUGUUUAUGGAACCAGGAGGCGGCAACCUUUACUCAACACUUGCCUGGUGCAAGCAGCCUAGAUUUACUCUUUUGCAGUGCAGGGUUGACAGUCAGGUAUGGGAGUCUGAUUUCCUAUCUUCAUGCCAAGGAAGGACGCUUCAAAACCCAAUUCUGUGCCUGCCCAGGGUUCAGAAUGUCUGAAUCACUAGUGUGAAUGUGAUGCAUAUGUUUGUGUGUAAAUGAUGAUGUGGCCCAUUUCAUUGGGUAAACUCCUGACUAAAAUGUAUAAUUUUUAGAGUGUGGUGAAGGAAAGGGACUAAUGAACAUUGCAAAUUUAGCCUGUCAUUGUAAUGUGCAGAUGGUGGCAACACAAUUUAUGGAGUUAAAAAGUUUGUGGUGAUUUGUAUGUUUGAAAUCAAACCCUAGAAAAUAUAUAAAUAACUUGAGUGUUGGCAAUUAAAUACUUGAAAGGCACAAAAGCAGUACAAUUUUGAUGAUUUCCUUAAAACUGUAAUCUGUAAGAUUAGGUGAAGUCUAUACACAACAGCUGUGAUCAACUAGGAUGUAAGACAAAUAAUCAAAUAUAUGAAUAUUUUCAGCACUGUAUAUAAGCAGCAUUAAAAAUCAAAGCAAUUAUAUGUUAGCCAAAUGAAGGCCUUAUGUGAUGAUAUAUUAAUAAACACAAAAAGCAAGCCACUGGCUCCCUAAACCCUAAGGUGAGUGGCAGAGUAUCUCUACCACACACUCAACAUUAUAAUCCAGCAGUUAAUGAAGACUGUUUGGCAAACUUCCCCAGGCAUGAAAUUAGCAGGGAGUUAACUCGUGAAUUAGGGUGUUCAGCAGUUUGUACGAAUCAUUCCAAUUAGCGCUCAUAUUGAGAAAAGAAAACUGGAAAAUAGAUCUGAGGGAUAAACAUUGUCAAAAUAAAAUAUGAAAUCAAACUUUA